AUGGAGGCCUUUUUCCUUGUCACACCCGAAUCCCAGGAGACGGACGACAAUGCCCAACAACACCAAGCUGCCCUACACUCACCCUCGCAGCUGCGCAGCAUUCUCCGCAACUCGCCUCUCCCGCCGCUCAGCACCCUGUCUCCUGAAUCCCCCAGGCGACAGUCUCUCCGGCUACAGGAAAAGGCGCUGCGCCGGGUGGCGUACAACAGCCCCCUGACGCAAGAAAUCACAACCAGCCGAUAUAUCAAAUCUCAUAUUGACCUUCUCGCCGAGGACGCUACGCCCAUCUCGCCCUCGGUCGCGUCUUCGGACGACGGCGACAGCCUCCUCGACCAGGCCAUGACCGACGCGGCCAGCACGCGCGACGGAGGCCAGACGCCCGGGCCGUUUGAGGAGAUGCGGCGGCGCAUGGCCAACAUGCACGCCUCCACGCCGCUGGCGCUCUCACCGACGGGGGGUGGCAUCCGCAAGAGGGGCGGCAAGCGCAAGGAGAAGAAGCGGCGGUGGGUGUGGACCAUCGGGCAGGACGAGGAUGCCGAGGAGGGCGGCGAGGCCGUGGACGCCGAACCGGUGACGGCCAAGACAGACCCCCCCGCCUCGGUGCCCGUCCUCGCUGUUCCCGCCCCGCGGCCACGGACACGAAACCAGCAGGCGCUCGCCAAAGCAGUCGCUGCAGCAACCCUGGCACAGGAACAGGCGCAGACGCAGACGCAGACGCAGACGCAGACGCAGAAUCAGACGCCGACGCAAGUACCCCUCCUCGCGAUCCCGGUCCCACCCGCCCGCGCCGCAACGAAAAUUCCUCCCCUCCAACCCCCCGCACCGGCCCAAACUGUGCCGCAACCCACGCCGCAACCCCAAUCCCAACCUCCACCACCCCAACAACAACAACAACAACACCAGCCCCUCCAGCAACAACAAACCCGCGAACUCACCCCCAUCCCAGCCUCCCUCCUCCCCACCCGUCACUCCACCCCCGACUCCCUCUCAUCCGCCCCGUCGUCCUGCGCCAACAGCGUCCGCCACCUGACCCCCGAGCCCUUGGGCAUGGGCAUGGGUAUGAGUCUAGGCAUGAACCUGAACCUGGACAUGGGCUCAAACCCCGGCAUGUCGCCGCCGCUGGGCGGGAUGGUGGUGGUCGAGCCGCCGACGCCGAGCAUGGAGUCGACGACGAGUGUAGGCAGUAGCCUGCAUAGUCGCGAUGAAGCGGAUGUGGAGAUGUCGGAUGCGAGUAGUUUUACGUCGGUGGAGGCGGAUGAGGAUUAUGAGGAGGGGGAUGGUGAGGGAAGGGGGAAGGGGAAGAAGGGGGGGUUUGGGCUGGGCUUGGGACUGUAUACUACUGGUGCUGCUGUGCACGGCGGUGUGGUGACGGGGGAUGGGGAUGUCGAGAUGGAUGAGGGCACGCCCACUAUGACGGCCAGGCCGAUUGGGGAGAGGGGCGGGAGGGGGUGGGUGCCGUGGGGGGAUGUUGUUUCUUCUUCUUCUUGA